GUGGAGGCUGUUUGCUGGGCACGGGUCGUGUCUAGAGGGGCGGAACUGAGUCCCCCGAGCUGCGGCAGCGACGGGUCCCUUAUACGGCGCGCACAGAGCGACUGAUCCCCCCAGCAGCCGCUGCAGCGUCCCUGGGGACGGGAGGCUCAGCAGGAGAACGAGGCACCGCUCGUGUCUCCCCGUCUAGUCACCCCCCCCCCGGCAGGCACACCCCGAGCCAGGCCUUGUCAGCCCUACCGAGCCCCGGCUCCUGGGCGGUGAGAGGCCCCGGCUGGGUGAGGCGCGUUCCCUGCAUUGAGUUUCUCUGGGUGAAACGUUAUAGCCGGGACUGUCUCCCGCCUCUCGCCGAGCUGGCCACGUUACAUACUACACGGGGGGCGGCGUCUCUUCCUUUCCCGUGUCUAUUUCAGUGGCACAGAGGCUGAGGGCGGCUUAACAAAAACUUACGGACCAACUCAGCCAUUUACACACUACUCCUGCUCAGGUGGGGAAUCACUGAAUACGACUGCCUGGAAAGGCUGGAGGACAGAAGUAGGCGCACUUCCCUUUUUAGAUGCGCAAUUUUCAAUGCCCAUGGAUGGCACUAGAAAAGUCAGUUGGCAUCGUUAGCUCCAAGUCACAUGGGGGUGGGGUAGUGCAAUUCUAGUAGCUGUAGUUCAAAACAGUUUGGCCUGUCAGGGGAAAAGCUAGAUGUAAACAGUGUGCAUCACUUCCUUUUGCCCUGGGGAAAAGUUUUGUAACAGUCACUUUUGGACUCAGAAUUAGCAGGAAUUGAGGUAAGUGGACAACGCUAGUGUGUAUUAAUCUGAUCAUUAGUCUAGGGGUGAGGUUUUGUGCACUGUACUUGAAAAUUAAAUUGUUCAUUUGUUUGACUACAGGUGUUACAGGUUAAGAGCAUGGGCAUCCAUGGAUUAAUGAGCUAUGUGGGAGAGCAUAAGCAGUUCUUCACUGAUCUACAAUUAAGGAAUACAAAAAUAAUCAUUGAUGGAAAUAAUUUGUUUCAUCGGCUUUAUUUUGAAUCAAAUCUAGACCUCCAGCAUGGAGGGGAUUAUGAUUCUUUUACAGAUAUUGUACACAAGUUUUUUGAAACUAUGUCUGUAUGCAAAAUAUACCCAUAUGUUGUGUUAGAUGGAGGGUGUGACUUGUCCGAUAAGAAGUUUGUGACAUUAAAGGAAAGAGCCCGGGAUAAGAUCCAGGUAGCAUAUUCCAUCUCUAGAGGUGGUGGUGGAAGUGUGCUACCCCUGCUCACGAGAGAGGUUUUCAAGCAAGCCUUGACCAAAUUAGAAGUGCCUUUUGUCCAGUGCUUCUCAGAAGCAGAUAGGGAUAUUAUGUCAUUAGCUAAUCAUUGGAAUUGUCCCGUAUUAACUUUAGACAGUGACUUUUGUAUUUUUGAUUUGAAAGCUGGGUAUUGCCCUCUGAAUUACUUUCAGUGGAGAAACCUUUGUACCUGUGAAGGCACACUGGACUGCUACAUUCCAGCUCGAUGCUUCUCUUUAGAGAGACUGUGCAGCCACUUCAGUCAUAUGAACAAAGCCCUUCUUCCUCUCUUUGCUGUAAUGAAUGGUAAUGAUUACAUUAAUCUGCCAGCUCUAGAGACAUUCUUCAGCAAGGUGCGCCUGCCAGUUGGAGGCUCUGGUUGGAGGGGGAGGAAGCAUGUCCGCAUUCAGGGACUUCUAAACUGGUUAUCCCGUUUUGCUGACCCCACAGAGGCUAUAGACAAUGUACUGAAAUAUCUUAAAAAGCAUGAGAGAGAAGAAAUAAGGAAGCUUCUAUGCGCUUCCAUGAAGGAAUAUGAACAGUCUGAUGUGAAUCUUGAGGAUUUUUUUCAGAAUGGAACCUAUGAAUCUCAGGUGACCAGGAACUUAGAGUUACCACAAUGGAUGCUUGAGGCUUUUGCAAAAGGUCAUUUGUCUCCAUUCAUUAGUGAUGCCCUUCUAUUAAGAAGAACAAUCCUUCAUGUCCAGGUGGAGAACAUGCAGAGGCCUAGUGCUCACACAGUAGCCUUACCCAUUCGUCAAGUCAUCUAUGGGUUACUUCUGAACGCCUCUCAAAAUUCUGAAGUUACUUCCCCAAGUAAGCAGUCCAACAAGCUGCCGAUUGUCCGUGAAUUUGAUAGAAUCCAAAAGACUCUUAAAAAAUCCUUUGUUCCAACAACAAUGCUGCCUCUGGAUUUUUGUGAAGACCAUCGCCCUUUGGCCACACUAACUGAGGUGUCCAGAUCAGAUCGGCUAAAACUUCUGUUGGAGACAUUAGGAGCGAAAGCCAACAUCCUACAACCCAUCCCCAGUCCCUUGUGGCUCCCUGUUGCUGUAACCUGCUACUGGACACAUUACUCAGAACCCAAAGUGAAAUUGCAUCAUUUACAGGCAUUACUUCUAGGAAUGGUAUUUGGGGAAUUGCACAGGACAAGUAGCAGCCCAGAUCCUGUGGUUUUCCAUAUCAAAGAUAAAAUGGUCUAUGACCAGUUUCUAAAAUGGAAAGAAAAGAAUUUUCAGGAAUUACUGGAUUUAGACACAGCACACACUUUCUGCCAGUGGCAGUGCUGCCUCCAGAUGGGAUUGCAUCUCAACCAGCUACUCUCUACUCCUCUCCCUGAACCAGAGGUAACACGGCUUUAUUGUGGGACCCUUGUGCAUAGACUAUGCAAAGAGCUUAAAUCAGCACAUGGAGCAGAGAAUCUGCUUAUCUCAUCUCCAAAGAUAAGCCAGCUUUAUUGUGAUCUGCUCCAUGCAGUAAAGUCAACUGUACCUCCAGACUUCUUCCAGGAGACAACCAAGACGACCAAAUCCUGCAAGGAAAAGAACAAGCAAGCCACAAGUCAAGCAGAGACUACCAGACAGCAUGCUACAUUGGAAGCUCAGCCUCUCUGUGAUGUUAACAAUAGGUUUGCAUCACUAAUGGUGGAAGACUGAAAGCAGCACAUACAUGACAUUCAAAUAAUUCAGCCUUGUGAAUGGAUCAGUUACAAUGAAGUGGGUGAACUGCAUUGGAACUUAACUGGCCUUUUUACAAAACUUGAUUCACAUGGAUCAAUUUUUAGAAUGAAUCUUGCUAGUGAUUCCCCCCCCCCCCCAAUAACGUUCUUAUAGGAUACGGUCUGAACUUUCCAAAAAAUGGUCAGUCGUUUGAUGUCCUUGAAUACAACAGAAGAAACGAAAUUUGCAAUUUUAAAGUAAAGGAGUAAGGGGACACUAUUCUCCCCACCCCUCCAACCACCAUUUUCAAAAAAACACGCCAUCACAACUACAUACUUGACAUGGAAAGCUAAUCAUAAAUUUAAUUCUGCAAGGCCAGCGUCCGCCAGUGAGAUUUUCAAAAAGUUUCCAAGGGAGGAACAUGGGUGCCUGACUUCCAUGGAUUUUCAGUGGAAGUUGGGCCAUCUGCUGUGCCUAUGGUAUUCUAGUUACUGAACUGUCGGGGAAAGAAACUGGAACGUAUCCUUUUCUUCUGUGUUUCUCUUAACAAGAAACAGGUUUGGAUAGUCACUACCAAGCCUGAAUGCUACCACCGAAAGUAAACUAUUUUUUUUCUUCCAUCAAGUACCUUUGAUACCACUUGAGAAACUGUCAAGCAAGGGUCUUUUCCCAGAAGAUUCCAAAAAUAAAAGGAAUGUUAAAACAAAGAUUCAUUUUAAAUAAAUUAUUUAUGCAUAUAGGUUUGACAGGCUCCAUCUGAUUUGGUUUCCAACAUACUCCUGCAGUAAGAUAGCUAGUAUUUACUACUCUUGUUCCCCUUCAAGAAUCAAUUGAUUUCUCUCUCUCUCUCAAGGUUAUAAAGGUUUUUAGAUCAUUAACCUGUGUCUUUAGUCAGAGUUGUGUCCACUGUUCACCAGAAAGAAUGGUUACUUACCUUACAGUAACUCUGGUUCUUUGAGAUGUGUUGUCCAUGCAGAUUGCCUGCUUGGGGCAUACGCAUCCCUUGUGCACAAGAUGAGAUUCUUUUGGAUAGCAGUAUCCAUUAGAACCAUGGCUGCGCCCCGAGAACCCUCGCAACCAUUGUAGCCCAGGGCAUAAGGGGUGGGGGCAGCCUCAACCACUUCAGUUUUUGCCUUUACCUGAUCACACCCUCCCCAGGUGUAAUCAGUGAAAUUACAGUGCUCUCAGAUUCCUUAAACCUGUAGUAACACCAAAAGGGUUAAUCUCAGUUACCUUAUCAGAGGACAAGGAAAAAAAUAGCAAGCAGGUGUUGAGGAAGAGACCCCCUGCCCCCCGACCUCUUGCUUUCCUAGUAGUUGGUGAUGUGUUGGAACAGGCUGGAUCUGUUUUGAGAGGGUGAUUUUGGUCUGGAUACCACCGAGGAAGCAGUUUCUUAAAAUAUGGGUGAUACCUCAAGGACACCAAUAGAGGUUCAGGGUGGGUGGUGGUGGUAGUAGUAGUAGUAAGGGGGAGGAGCCCACAUGGGAGGAUAGCAGCUUGGUUGUUCCUUCUCGGUCCAGAAGGCUUUUGGGUGCCUCUUUGGGAUUCCUCCCUCGACUGUGUGUUCAUGUCCCACUAGGUUAUCCAUGGUGGAGAGGUUACAUUCUGGUGAGGAGGAUCUGCUGCAUUCCUCUGAAAAGGCUGAGAAGGCAAAUUCUUCCAUAGGUGGGGCACACCAGUCCACAGUCCUGCCUACUCAAGUUUAUGGGCAGUACCAAAAGAUCACAAGAGGGACCCAGCCUGUUCAUUGCCAGUGUCUGUCCAAGGUCAGAGAUUCUGAAAUUGGUCCCACAGCCAAGUAAGCCUCUUAAGAACUCGCUUGCAGCAGUGCUAAUGAGUCAGUCAGUGCUGGAUGAGCUUCCGGCGCCACAGCAGUUACGCAGAUGUGCACACCACAGGUUCUCAGCCAGUGUGGAGCCAUCCAGUGCUGAUAUUCAUGGUGCCAGAGAGGGGCCUAUCAAUCCAAGUAGUAAUGGAGACACUCACUUUUCACAAGGAGCACUGUGUGAUCUGUGUUGAUUUCGCUUUAAAUGGAUUUGAGCAAGGUUUAGCCUGAGGCUCUAGGAUGUUGGAAUACUGGGGUGGGACUUUUGUCUGGCUGCUGACUAGAGGAAAUUUGUGCCUUCCCUGGGCUCUGAAGUGCUGUUCUUGGUGGCCCCUCUCCUAGGUCAAUGCCAGAAGAGUGGGCUUGCCAAGUGUCCAAUGAGCUUGGGGUGACAAGAUUUAAUGAGGCAUUAGGAGUAUGACCAAUCAGGUGGAGGCGGUCUUUCUGGUUGUUUGUCAGGAACUGAAGAUGCCCACAUCAAUUACUCUAGAAAAUGCAGCUUCAGUCUACCUUCUCUAGCUUUCAUCAUGUCCUUGAGCGAGACUUGCACACCAGGCAGCCUUCAGGCACUCGUCCUAGGCAUAAGAGGCAUCCCAAGCGCCUGCAAAAA